CUUUUACUUUGGCUGUGGACUUUGACACACACCUGAGGUGUAACACGAAGUAGAAAUCCCCAGUCACCUGGUUUCCAGGAAAGGGAAUACCCAGUUUGUGAAAUAAGUUUUUAACAAAAGACCGCAGAGAAAAAAGUAACUCUUGUGCCGCAGGCAGCCAUGGCUGCUGGGGGUCUUGCUGAGGAUCUCUCCAGACGCCAGAGGGGAACAUGGAGCUUCUGCGAAAAACACCAGGAACCCCGGAAACUCUUCUGUAAAAACCACAAAACUGCCAUCUGUGUGAUUUGUGACAAAGCCAAGGAACACAAAAAACACAAGGUUGUUCCUCUGGAUGAAGCGCCUGAAAUAUACAAGGAUCAACUCUGCAGUCGUGAGGAGAUUUUGUGUCAAGAGAGAGAGAAGGUUCUGGCAUACGGAGCAGCCAUCUUAAAGGAAAGCCAAGACGAGCUUGAUCAAAUUGACGCUCUUGCGGAGAACCUGGAGGCGAUGAGACAGGCAGCAUUUGGAAGUGGGGAAAAACAGACACGGAAAAGAAGAUUCAAGGGCUUCUUCAAAUGGAAAUGGAAGAGAAGACAGCCUUCCUUGAACUGUCAGUCAUCUUAAGCUCUUGGGACAAGGACUGCUCUGGGCCUUUCAGAUCUCCAACACCUCUGCACCUCUCAAAAAGCAACCUUGCAGCUCCUCUUCUAUGGUGAGAAAUUGAAGAAGAGGAUUGAGGAGGAGGAGGAACAGAAGCCACUGCAGAGCUGGGAACAUCUGAAGCUGUGGGAAGGACCAAGAAACAUCAAGUGGAGUCUCACUAUUACCUUUCAGGUUAAGAAAAGAUCAGCCGGCCAGCCAAGGACAGUAAUCAUCAUAGAGGCUGUGUGGCAUGUCCUGAGCAGUCUGAAGGAAACCAUAGAUGGGAGGAGCUGCUGCUUAGAAAGCAUCU